AUGCACGCUCCACAACUUCUGGCUUCGACGGCCUUGCUUUCGUCUUUGGCCGUCGCCGAGUCUGUCGACUACAUUGUCGUAGGAGGCGGCACUUCUGGCCUGCUCGUGGCCAACCGGCUGUCGCGCGAUGCUGGCACCACCGUGGCCGUCGUCGACCCGGGCUCCGACCAGAGAGAGAAUGCCAUUGUCAAGUCGCCCAAUGACUGGCUGCAGAUUCUGAGCACCUACGUCGCCGAGCCGCACGUCUCCGUCGAGCAGACGCACGCUGGCAACCGAAAGCUCACGUUUCUCUCGGGUCGAGGCAUUGGCGGCACUAGUCUAAUCAAUGGCAUGACGUAUAUCAGAGGCGAUGUGCCGGAAUUCGACUCGUGGGAGCAGCUCGGAAAUAAAGGCUGGAAUUGGGAAACGAUGAGCAAGUACUACAAAAAGCUCGAAGGCUUUGUUGCGCCCGAACAGUGGCAGAUUGACGCGGGCGCGACGUUUGACCCCGAGGCCCACGGUACUGGUGGCGAUCUUCACACCUGCUUCAACCCGAAACUUUUGAACGGGUCAUGGUACAACGCGACUGUUGCUGCGUGGGAGUCUCUCGGCGUCUCCAAGAUCAACGACGCCAACUCGGGUUCUGUUCGUGGGUUCGACGUCUGGCCGCAGACAAUCGAUGCCAAGACGAAUACCCGAUGGGAUGCCGCGUCCGCCUUUUACUGGCCCGUCUACGAGAAACGCAGCAACCUCCGUCUCAUCAACGGCACCGUCAGCAAGCUGCUGUGGGGUGACGCAAACGCCGACAAGGCAUUGGCUUCGGGCGUCGAGUUCACCAGCACAAAAGGCGACGUCGUGCAGCUGAGCGCCAAGAAGCAGGUGAUUCUGGCUGCCGGCGCGCUGAAGACGCCAUUGAUUCUGGAAAACAGCGGCGUUGGCCAGGCGGCACGUCUGAAGGCAAACGGCAUCCCCGUGGUGGUAGAUUUGCCCGGCGUCGGCGAGAACCUGGUCGACAACCCGCUCAUUGCGUACGUUUACAAGAGCGACUUUACUGCGAAUGGAUACACGCCAUACUCGGCAUUCCUGACCGCCCAGCAGCUGUUUGGCGAUGCGACAUCCGACCAGGCGUCUUCCGUCAAAAAGCAAAUCCCCCGGUGGGCUCAGCAGGUCGUUGACCGAAGCAACGGCGCUCUCAACGCGUCCGCCAUCGAAAAGAUCAUGAACAUCCAGCAUGAUGUGAUUUUCAACAAAAACGCAACCGUUGUCGAGAUUGUGCAGUCCGCGCAGGACGGCGCCCUCAGCGGCGCCGCGUGGAACCUGUUGCCAUUCAGCCGCGGCAGCAUUCACAUUGGCGACAAAACCAUCGACAAGCCCGCCAUCGACCCGCAGUUCCUAGCCGUGGACUACGACCUCGACACCACGAUUUCCGUUGGGAAAACCGUUCGCAGCUUUUACAACUCGAGCCAGAUCCGCCCCCACGUCACCGGGUACCUCGAUCCCUCGAUGGACAAGCUGCCGGAGAACCCGUCCGAGGACGACUGGCGCAAGUUUGUCGAGGGCGCUGCCGGGCCUAAUAACCAUCCGCUGGGCACUGCGUCGAUGAUGGCGCGCGAGCUGGGCGGCGUGGUGGACGCCAAGCUAAAGUUGUACGGAACGGCGAAUGUGCGUGUCGUGGAUGCGUCGGUGGUGCCGACGCAGAUCAGCGGGCAUCUGACGGCUACCAUCUACGCGAUUGCAGAGAGAGCAUCCGAGUUUAUUCUUAAAAAGUGUUAA